AUGCGGAUCCUCACCCACGCCGUCCGCCAGGCAAUGGCCCUCGCAGCCGCCGGCCAGCCCCAGCUCAUCCCCUGCUCAGCACCCCCCCCAGCCAAACGAAACUGGGCCCAGCGCAAGCGACUCUUCUCGCGCUUCGACGAGGGCAUCAAGAUGGACCGCGAGUCGUGGUACAGCGUGACGCCCGAAGCCAUCGCCCAGCAGAUCGCUGCCCGGGCCAAAUGCAAGCUGCUCGUCGACGGCUUCUGCGGCGCCGGCGGGAACACCAUCCAGUUCGCCCUCACCUGCGACCAAGUCAUCGCCAUCGACAUCGACCCCAACAAGAUCCGCCUCGCCCGCGCAAACGCCGCCGUCUACGGCGUCGCACACAAGAUCCGCUUCGUCUGCGCCGACUUCCGCCACUGGAUCGACGCCCUCGAGCCCGCCGUCGCCGCCGCCAUCGACGUCGUCUUCCUCUCCCCCCCAUGGGGCGGGAUGGAGUAUCUCGAGCGGCCGGCCGAUGCGCCGGCCGACGAGCCGCAUUUCUUCAGCCUCGCCGCCCUCCAUCCCGAGCACGGCCAUGCCCUCUUCCACCGCGUCCGCUCCAUCACCGACCGCAUCGUCUUCUUCCUCCCCCGCCACACCGACCUGCGCGACCUCGCCGCCCUCGUCCCCGCCGGCCCAUCCGGCGCUAAGACCAUCGAGGUCGAGGAGAACUGGCUCGGCGCCAAGUGCAAGGCCCUCUCCGUCUACUUCGGGCCCCUCGUCGCCAGCGCCCCCGCCCCCGCCUGA